GCCCAUCAUAUUAGCUGGCGCUACCCCGUGUUGUAUCCGUAUCAGAAACAACUUUGAUCGGGAACGCACUGAACUUAACGCGCCGUGAAAAUCAAAAUCUCACCGGAAAACACAACCGGAGUUUUCGUCGGCGUCAUAAACGUGGCAAAACGUCCAGGGGGUUGUUAUGGCAGGCAAAGCUGCUGGAUCGGCGGUUAAGGCGGUAGCAGAAUAUCAGUAUCCGUGGCGUGAGAAGUUAGCGAAAUACAAGGAUGAAUUGGCGAAGGGAGUGUGGGGAUACUGGGAGUUAGGGGCGUGGAAGCCGCUUAGUAUUAGUGCUCGGCAUAGGGCAAGACUUCGUAAAGAAGUACUUCUUGCUGGGGAAGAUUGGACUUAUGAUCCUGAAAGGAAGGAGAUGAAGACGAGGCGAAAGGGUCAUAAGGUUGAUAGGAUAGCAGCUGAGAAAAGGGCGAAUACUGCUAGGUUGAUGGAGAAGAUGCCAGAUAUGUUGCUUGAUUAUAAGAAGAAGAAGUGGCAGAAGAAGAUGAAGGAAGAAGACAAAGGCAAAGUUUGAUUAUGCUUCGUUGGCGGGUAUGCCUUUCUUUGAGAUUCUAGUAUUCCUUUAGUUUGGAAAGGUUUGUCACUAACUUUGUUGUGAUAAAAUGGGUUUAUUUUGGUUUUGUUGUAAGGAGUUUUUAGGCUUGAUGGAUAAGUAUUUUUUUGUUGUGUAUUUUAAUCUAUCCAUAAUAACCCCUUUCAAGAGUUUGGCUUUGUGAUUAUCAGAGGGAAAAAGGAAUAAUUCAUGAAAUUUAUUGUUACUUGGUUUUUGUUUUGAA